CCCAACCUCAAUGAAACACAAGCCAACCACUCACUGGAACAUGGUACGUCUGGGCACCCUACUCCCAGCAUGCAGCUGGGCACCAUGUCCAACCCACAGUCCCGUCUCCGUGAUGCUGUGGGUCUGGCGGCCAUGGUGACGCUGAACGCCGUGGCUCUGUUGGCGAAUCUGGCCGUGCUGAUUGUGGUGCUGAAGGCAGCACACCUGAGGAAGUAUAGCUUUGUGUGGCACCUAUGUGGCGUGGAUGUGCUGUGCGCAGCACUCCUCAUGCCCCUCGCCAUCGUGUGCGGCUCACCAAUCUUCGCUGGGGUCGUCUUCACGCCACUUGAGUGUCGCCUGUACGUCUUCCUCAACGCUUUUCUGAUCUCCGCCUCCAUCUUCACAGUGACGGCGAUCAGCGUCGAGCGCUACUACUACAUUGUGCACCCGAUGCGCUACGAGGCCAAAAUGACGCCCCGCAUUGCUGCUGCGGUCAUGGCGUUGGUCUGGUUGGCGUCUGCUGUCCUCGGAUUGGCCACUGUGUUUGGGUGGCCCAGUUAUCGCCACCACAGCGCCAUUGCUGCAGCUCACUGCUCACUUCACUGGAGCCACAGCGGGCACCGGCGUGUUUUCUCCAUCAUCUUCUGCGUGCUUUGCUUUUGCGUCCCCGCCGCCAUCAUCCUAGCCGUGUACGCCAACGUCUACAAGGUGGCGCACAUGGCCGCCCGACACAGGGGUCCUCUGCCUAGCUGGGUGCCUGCAACACCCCGUCCAAAACACCGUUCUGACUCCGUCAACAGCCAAACCACCAUCAUCACCAGCAGCUCAAGUGCCAGGAGAGGGACAGGGACACACGCACCUCGCAGGCCACGUCGGACACUGGUGGGCGGUAAAGCAGCACUCACACUGGCCGUCAUCGUGGGCCAGUUUGUCCUCUGUUGGCUGCCAUACUUUGCCUUUCAUCUGCACUUGUCCCUGGGCGUCGCGCACACCUCGGCUGACGAGGCUGAAGGCCCUGUCACGUGGCUGGCGUACUCUUCAUUCGCUGCAAACCCGUUUUUCUACGGCCUGCUGAACCGCCAGAUCCGCGAGGAGGUGUGUAAGACGAUGUGCUGCUGCUGCCGCUCUCCCAGCAGACCCGCGAGACCCCCGGCGUCUGGCCACGAUGCCUCGGCACAUGAAGAUUUCCUGCACUUCCUGAAGCGCAGCAGCUCGGUGGAAGCCACACGCAGCAGUUACAACACCGCAACUCCCAGAAAUACACUGGACCAAACCGGGUUCAGGAUACCAGGACAGAUCCCUGAGGAACUCACCUAGGCUGUUCUGGAACUUUCGAGUUUGAUCCAAAUCUGGAACGUCCAAAUUAGCUCCAGAUCCUGAACAUUCAAAUUGGAUCCAAAUUCAGAACAUUCGAAUCAUAUCCAUACCUGGAAUAUUCAAAUUGAACCCAAAUCUGGUUGAUUUAAAACGGAUCCAAAUCUGGAAUGCUUAGAUCCAGAUCUGGGAAGAUCAUAUCUGAUCCAAAUCUAGAACCUUCAAAUGGCAUCCAAAUCUGGGACAUUUCAAACGGAUCCAAAUCUAGAACCUUCAAAUGGCAUCCAAAUCUGGGACAUUUCAAACGGAUCCAAAUCUAGAACCUUCAAAUGGCAUCCAAAUCUGGGACAUUUCAAACGGAUCCAAAUCUAGAAGAUUCAAAUGGGAUCCAAAUCUGGGACAUUUCAAACGGAUCCAAAUCUAGAACCUUCAAAUGGCAUCCAAAUCUGGGACAUUUCAAACGGAUCCAAAUCUGGAAGACUCAAAUGGGAUCCAAAUCUGGGACAUUUCAAACGGAUCCAAAUCUGGAAGGUUGAUAUCAGAUCCAAAUCAAUGUUCAAAUCAGAUAUAAAGAGAAAAACUGCAGAAAAGGGGGGGAAAGGUCACUUCUGCUAUUUUAGCAAUUGAUCGGACGCCGAAAGCAGGUCUAAUCAAACAAAUCUGCUCAAGCGAACAGAAAAAUAACAAAAGGACAAUUCAAAUC